UUUCAGAUGUAGUUUUCUUGUGACACAGUUACUACUUCUUGAUUCAAAAAAUAAAGCUGUUUUAAUAUUGUUUUAUUAAAAAGUGCACUAAAAUGUCAUCAUGAUGUAAAACUGAUGUGAAAGGGGAGUUUGUCAUUUCUGAAUCAGCCACUAAAAUAAAUGAGCAGAAAUCUGAUUGUUGUUUGUGUUGAUAGUUUUUGUCAUUGUGUUGUGUUUAUGUAGAGUUUUCAGUCUCUCUCUUCAUCUCCUGGAUCGACAGACAACAUCAUUUUCAGUUCUCUUCUCUCUUUUGAUGAUGUGAGGAAAUCUGUCACUCAACUGAAAGAAAAGAUGGAGGAUUUCUGUGAAGAAGAGAUUGAAAAGAUAUCUAGUAAAGUUACAGACAUUGAAAUUAUUCCCAUCAAUGGACCCAAGACCAGAGCAGACCUAACACAAUAUUUCAGUCUGUUCUCUCUGGAUCCAAACACAGCACACAGAUGUAUUUGUCUGUCUGAGGAGAACAGAGCAGCUACAAACACUGACACAGAUCAGCAGUAUCCUGAUCAUCCCGACAGAUUUGAUUAUUAUUAUCAGGUGUUGUGUAGAGAGAGUUUGUGUGGACGCUGUUACUGGGAGAUUGAGUGGAGUGGGGAUGAUGGUGUGGAAAUAUCAGUGUCAUAUAAGAGCAUCAGCAGGAAGGGAGAAGAUGAUGAGUGUGUAUUUGGAUGUAAUGAUCAGUCCUGGAGUUUGUUCUGCUCUUCAUCUGAAUCCUCAUUCUGGCACAAUAGGAUAAAGACAGAUCUCCCAGUAGUGUCCAGUUCUUGUAGAUUAGGAGUUUAUGUGGAUCACAGUGCAGGAGUUUUGUGUUUCUACAGCGUCUCUGACACGACAACCCUCAUCCACAGAGUCCACACCACAUUCACUGAACCUCUUUAUCCUGGAUUUUGGUUACAUGAGAGCUCAUCAGUAAAACUGUGUGAUCUAACAAUAUAAAUGAUACAUGCUUAGAUACUGGUGUUUUAUAUAAACAAGUACCAUCUAAAUAAACUUAUAUUUUAAGAUUUUUCUUUCUAUAGGGGCUGGCUUAAGCUUGAACACUAAAACACACAAAAAAUCUGAUUUUAUCAGAUUUUUUUUUCAUGAUGUUAAUGAGAGUACAAACAGUAUACAGUACAAAAACUGUAAUAUUAUUAUAACAAUGUUCCUACUGAGGGGUUUCGUUGCUGUGGUUUGUUAUAACUUCAAAUUUAUGAUUAAAUAUUUUACUGUAAAUCUAGUCUUUAUCAUUCUGUUUGUCUUGCAUUUUGUUAUUUAAGUAAAUCUCUGCAUUUAACUUCAUGUGUGUAUGUAGCCUAAAUAUCCACAUACAUAAUCACAAAUACAUAAUAACCAGACAAACCAUAUUUUUAUGAAAAAUCAUUUAUUAUAAAAAUAUGCCCAGAAUGUAUUUCAGAACCAGAUAAACUGAAAGAAAACUUGUAUUCAUUGUGUUUAGCUGUGUUUACAGACUUGUUCAAUGUUAGUUGUCCCAUUUUGUUGUUUAUGAAAACGCCUUUUUUGGAAACUACUCAUGUCGUUAUCUGUCAGCUGACAAAAUCUUUUAGAGGUACUCCAGUGGUAUUUGGAGGGAGAUGGCAUCAUAAGUUACAUCAAUAACAGAAAUAUCAAUAUUGAGAUUGAAAAAAAUCCUUUUUCAGACUGUAAUACCUGUCAUGGGGCAAGGUAUGUGUUCUUAAAUGGCUUGGCUUUGUUGCCGUGAUGUCCACAUAAUCAUCAAAUGGGCAGACAUAGAGUUUUUAAUUUAUCUUUUUCAGUUCAGAGGCAUUGACACAUACCUCCUCAUCAGUUAUAUCAGAGUCCCAUCUCAAAGUCACUUUUUCCAAAUUUGGAUGAUAUAAAUGACAUCAUACGCAUUGCAGAUAAGGCAGUCCUGGCUGUAGAUUUCUGGAAUAAAAACACACUGAUUAUUUCCAGGCUUAUUAAUAUUGAUGCAAAUCAAUUCCAAUCACAUUUAUACAUUUCAAAGGAUUCGUUUAUUCCACAUAAUUCACACAAUACUGUCUGGCAAGCUUAUUGUCCUUUAUUUAUAACGCUAAUAGCACCUGUACCCCCAUCCCACAUUCCAGAACAUUAUCACUUGGCCAUCUUGCAGCAAACAGAUAUUUGAGCAAACAAAACCCAAUAUAAAACAAUGUAUUUUUUAUAAAUAAGAUAAUAUACAGAUAAUAAUAAGAUGAUAGUUUAAAAUAUUACUACAUAAAUAAUUUCAAACUCAAAAUAGUAUACUUUUAAAACUCAAAAUAGUAUCAAAGAUAUUUAAAAUCAAUAUUAUAUUUUGUUGCUACCAAAAAAUUAUUUAAAAAAGUAAUUUUAACAGGUAAGAAGUACAGCUAAUUCAUGUAAUGUGCAAGGUGUACAGGCCAAUUUUGCUACCCUUCAGACCGAACAUUGUAAAAUUGCAACAUUGACAUAGCAAGUUCAAAAUCUAAUAUAAUCAAAACAUUCAGCUGUAACUUAACUGUAUCUGCAUAAUCUAGACACAAUUAAUCACAAAAAUAUAUAUUUUAGGCAUUUUACUUACGCCCGGUAAAAAGAUCAUGUUUUUCAAGGCUUGCAGAUUUUGUAAGUUCAUGGCCAGGAAAACAAAUCUAUUUACAAAGUUUAUCAUUCAAAAUUAUUGCAGGGUAUAUGACUUUUAGUUGUGUAAAUGUUGUUUUAAAGAGAAAAAAACAUGUACAUGUAUAUAUAAUUAGACCUUAUAAAACAGUUAGGUCCAAUCCUAGAUUUAGAUUGGUCAAUAGCUGUGCUUUAUUCACAAUAACUUCACCCAAUGGUUCUAUUCAUCACUGUGCCCUUAGCAACCACACAUAUCAGUUUGAUAAUGGUUUGUUGUUUUUAUUUGAGCUUUCAUGCAUAUUACACAUUGGAACGUUUUAAAUAGUUACUUUUCUUGACAGCCUAAAAUUAAAACCCAUUCCAAAAAACUUUUGCAGCUAUAUUUACACAUGUUGUCUUACAAAAUCAAACCAAUGAAAGAAAAAGGACAAAAAAACAACAGUUCUGCAAAUUAAUAAAAAAAACCUAAAAUAACAAGGUUAGAAAAGUAAUCACUCCCUUGAUUUAAUGCCACCUUUUGCUAAAUUACAGUCAUCAGUCUUUUUGGAUAUGUCUGUAUUAGUACACCUUAAUUGGGGAAUAUUUGCCCAUUAUUCUUUGCAGAAUUGCAACUGCUCAAGUUCAGUCAAAUUCAAUGGUAAGCAGCAAUGUGCUACUCUUUUCAAGUCCAUCCAAGAUUUUAUAUUUGGGAGUUUAGGACAUGUACACAGGCUGUAUUAGUGUUACAACAAUUUAAGAUGCCCAAAAAUGAGGGCCAAACAUUUAACAAAAUACUGUGCCUUGCCUUUGUCUACCAUUUUAGGUAGCCACCAUAUGGUGGAGACGAUGCUAUUAUAUCCACAGUAACCGAGUGUUAUGCUUAGUAUGCGAAGAUUUAAUGUAUGCAACUGGUCCAUGAUUCUGUUCAUGUAUUUAACUGCAACUGUACUAUUUAUGUCCUUGUAAAUUACUUUGUUUAAGUGGACUUAAAUAAAUUGUUAAAAUGUGUGUGUGUGCAUGUGAGACAACAGUUUAUGUGGUCCAUGGGUGGUUUUAUAAAAUACAUUAUUGUCGUCAUGCUUAUAGUGCUGGUUAUGAAAGCUUUAUUAACCACAAUAAUAAGAGAUUUGAAGUUGGCUACUAUUUUAUUUUUGUUUUAUGUUCUCUGAAAAAGCUAUAGCUGUAUGUGUCUCAAUUAUCUCAUACUCCUGUGAUGAAUAAAUGUUUUUAAUAAAGAUUUUGUUAGUGUUCUCUAUUGUUUUUAUUUGUUUAAAUGAGAUGUAUUAUUCAAAAAUAUAUUGUAACAAUUCAAUUGUCUCUGCAUACAUUUAAAGCACAAUAUUCUUUUUAUAAAAUAUUUUAAACACU